AUGGCCUCUACCGAACUCAAGACAGAGUCACCUGCCCCCAGCGACAGCGCAGCCAGAGACCCUGUCACCCAUACGCCUGCAACCCCCAAACCGGCCACGGCGCCUCCAGCAUUUCAGAUCACCUAUCCCAGUGUCCUGCUCCAGGCGGUCAUCCUGGUUGCCUUGCUCUUGGCCCAAUUCCUCGUCGCCUUGGAUAUGAAUAUCAUCGCCACCGCCAUUCCCACCAUCACCGUCAAAUUCCACAGCGUCGACCAAGUUGGAUGGUAUGGAUCAUCCUUCUUCAUGUGCCUGGCGGCCUUCCAGGCCUUCUGGGGCAAGGCCUACAAGUACUUUCCACUCAAGAUUGUUUUUCUGGUCUGCAUCGUUAUCUUUGAGGUGGGAAGUUUGGUUGUCGCCCUGGCGCAGAACAGUACCACCGUCAUUGUCGGUCGAGCCAUCCAGGGUGCCGGCGGUGCAGGCAUCACUGGUGGCUGCUAUGUCAUCUGCGCUUUCAUCACACCUCCAAACCGCCUCCCGGCCGUCAUGGGUAUCUUUGGCACCGUCUGGAGCUGCUCUUCAGUGCUCGGUCCCGUGCUCGGCGGUGUGUUCACCCAGGAUGUGACGUGGCGAUGGUGCUUCUGGAUCAACCUCCCCAUCGGUGGUGCCACCAUGCUGAUCAUUCUGCUCUGCUUCACGACUCCUGCUCAUUCGAGAAUUGCAAGGGCGAAGCCGAAGCAACUGGCGCUUCUGUUCGACUUUCCCGGAGUUGCCGUCCUCUUGGGGUCGUUGAUAUGCUUCUGUUUGGCCUUGCAAGACGGUGGCAUCACAAAACCGUGGAGCUCCAGUAUCCCCAUCGGCUUACUCGUCGGGUUUGGCCUACUUCUGAUCGUCUUUGCUCUCAUCGAGUGGAAACAAGGUGACAAAGCUAUGAUUCCUGGGUCCAUCAUGACACGCAGAAGCAUUGCCGUCUGUGCCGUCUUUAGCUUUUUAUCCAACGCUGCUGGCUUCGCACGGGUCUACAACCUUCCCAUAUAUUUCCAGGCAGUGCAGGGUGUAUCCCCGUCGACAAGCGGCGUCCGCACCCUGCCAUCAGUUCUGUCAAUUUCAAUAUCCAGUCUCGUGUCUUCGACUCUCCUGGGCAGAGUUGGGUACUACCAACCUUUCCUUCUGCUGGGGUCUGUUUUCAUCACAGUCGGCGCCGGUCUAAUCUAUACCCUUGGAGUUCACUCUCCGGCGUCACAUUACAUUGGCUAUCAAAUCGUCGCUGGAAUUGGAAUGGGUCUGACCAUCCAGGUCCCGGCCAUUGUAGCCCAAAGCAUAUCUGAACGCAAGGAUCUGGCGGUCGCAAUUGCCGUCAGCUUAUUCUACCAGUUUGUCGGUGGCACCAUUGGAGUUUCUGGAGCGCAAAGUAUCAUGACCAACGAACUUAUUUCACAUCUUCCUUCCACCAACCCAGCCAUCUCGCCGGCGAAAGUAUUGGCUGCUGGUGCCUCGGGCCUACGUCGAGCAUUUCCCAAUCCAAAUGACUUGUCUACAGUGGUCGAAGCUUAUCUUUACGGGCUCAAAAAGGCUUGGAUUUGGAGCAUUGCAUUAGCAGGGGUGACUUUAUUCGUCGCAUUGCUCGCCGAGCGGAAAUCAAUCAAAGCGGAGGAUAUCAAGACAAGAAAGGCGGCAAAGGGUCAAACUUAG